UUUGACACGGAAGUAACGUCUGGAUAAGACGCAUAAACAGUGCAUCUGCGCCCUCUUCCUGAUAAAAGCCAUAUAAGAUGCGCUAGUAAAUCUCUGUCAAGUCUGCAGUUGUUACCAUAGUGUAUAUCUCAGCAAAAGCACUGAUUUGAUGUCUUUUUGUGCAUGAUGUCAGACAAAGAUCGUGGCUAUUACAAGUUUAUCCAGGAACUUUGUCCGCAGACACUCGUAGAAGUGUGCAGAAUGAGAAAGUCAUAUAAAGAUAUGCUUCAGCAGGUUGAAAUCUUAUCAGACAUAUGGAAUGGCACAGCUUACAUAGUUACGAAGUUUGCAAAGACGUGUUAUGGUAUCAAAAUCUGCCUGCAACGGAAUAUCGGAAAAGAGGACAAUACACUGGACGCGUCAAUUGUUUACAUUCAGGUAUUGUUUGACAGUAUAUCAGCACCUGUUUCUACAUCUAUGAACAUCAUUGCCGAUAUCAAUAAAUGGAAACAAGACAAUUUCGCAGAAGGCACCGAUUCCAAAGGUAUGAAAAUAGCACAAUAUUCAUCCAGGAACUUUAAUCGUUCGGCAAGAGUGUGUAUAAUCGUAUGCUACGAAACAUAUAUGGUUAUCGGAGAAGGAUUGAACAUCAUGGUUUUCAUCAAUAACAUCUAUCAUAAAAUUACAGAUGACUAUGCAAAUCAAAACAAUUUAAUGAUCAACAACAAUGCGGCAAUUAUUUGCACACAUCAGUUUUGCGGCCAAAAGCCAAUCACAGACACAAAUAGUUGCAAUGAGGAGGACAAUUUAGAACGUUCGGAAAGCUAUACAACUCCGCGGGGUCAUUUAGACUUAAAAAUUUCAGAAAAUAUGGAUGGAGAUGUUCAUCUGAAACGUACCCGAAACAAGAAACCAAACCUUUAUUUGGAUAAAUUACUCAUGGUCCUGUUCAUCCUCUUCACCAUAGGCCAUGUUGUAAAUGGAGCUCCCCGCAACGACAAUACAAUAAUGUUUUCGAAAGAUUUGCUUGUAUCGAAAUACUGUAACAUUGACAAUUUUUAUUCAUUGAAUGAACUCUGUCACACCAAUGGAAAUGACCUUCAACUCGUGACAGACAGCUGCGAUUUCUCAGAUCUAUGUGAUGAAGAUGAAAAGCCAUAUUGUAUCAACACUAAUGAAUUUGGUGCCUUCGUGUGUUUGAAAAAGAAUUUAUCAUGCAAGAAAGGACGGUAUUACAAGGCAUUCGUUGAUGAUAAAUUUAAAAACAAAAUAUUUCUCCUGGAAGAUGAUUGUGCAGACGGAAAAUACCAGCAAUAUGAAUCUGACUGUAUCCACGCAUGUACAAACGAACACAGAGACCUGAAUGACAUCCCUGAAAGAUACGUUGUGUUUUCCGUGGGAGACACAGUUAACCCUACCCAAGUUUAUUGCAACUUUAAACUUGGAUUCUUCAACGCCCAUGGCAAUUUUCUGCUGGAUUACGACCGAGAUGAAUUCACUUACUCGUUCUUGUGUGAACAUAUUAACGAUAAUAAUCCAUGCAUAUCGACGAAUCUCCCUCUUCCAAAUGGCACUUGUGCUGAUAAAUGUGAUGAAGGGUUUGAGAGGAAAGCACCUGACUUUGAAUGCACUCGAAUGGACAUUUUUCCUGAGACAAAAACAUUAACAUUACAACCAGCUACAGAGAAAACAUCUUUUACAACGUAUAUGCAUCCUAAGACAACGACACUGCCAAAGAGCGAGACACCAGAAAUUACACAAAGAACGUAUGCCAAUGGCAAUACAGUAGAUCCUGGUGAUAAACAGAGCCUGGAAUUUCCUUGGUGGGCAUUUAUAUUUAUAUUUGGCGUACCUAUAGGAUUUGUGUCAGCAAUUUUGUAUUAUGUGAAAAGAAAAAGAGAUGAGCGACUAAGGCAAGCAGUGACAUACAAUAAUAGAACUUACAUAGAGAAUCAGAUCAUAACUGUACAAACAUCUGACAGUUUGAAUCUACCAGGUCAUCUGGGUACAUUAUUACAGCCGGGAAACAAUAGUGAUGAUCAACAGAGCAAUGGUGGAGAUUAAACAGAACAACAUUCCUCAUUGUUCACACAUUUUCAGUUGAAUGACAUGCCGGUUGAUGUUAAUGAUGCAAAUCUUGAGUACACCAUUAUAAGAGACAGAAAAAAAUGACUGAAAUAUGUUAAUUUUAAUCCGCCUGCGAAAAUAGUCAUAUCAUUCUUUGUUUGGUAAAUAUAUU